UCCCCCGGCCGCCGCGCACGCGCGCUGGGAGAAGGCGUCAUAACCAGCUCAAGGAAUUCCAGAUCAAGCAACUCCAUCUCAGCUGCUGGUUUCUUUCCCUGUGUGUAACACGUUUGUUAUCCUGCUACAGCUGUUUCUUGCAUCGAGUGGCACGUCGCAGCCUCGUGAAUUGACCGUGUCUCAUUCAUACUCAGAAGGAGUAAAAGGAGGUGCAGCGUGUGAUUUCAAGCAUCUCUAGAGGAGCGGGCUGGGCCUUGCUGCCGUUGGAGGGCACAUAGGAGACUACGGAAGACUCUCAAGUUGGACAUCCAUCAUGCUGAGAUUUGGGCAGCACCUCAUCAAGCCGUCUGUGGUCUUCCUGAGGACAGAGCUCUCUUUUGCUCUCGUGAACCGCAAGCCAGUGGUCCCAGGACAUGUCCUUGUUUGUCCUCUGCGGCCAGUGGAGCGUUUCCGUGACCUGCGUCCUGAGGAAGUGGCUGAUUUAUUUUGUGUGGCCCAAAGGGUUGGCAACGUGGUGGAGAAGCACUUCUGCGGCACCUCGCUCACCAUUUCCAUUCAGGACGGCCCCGAAGCUGGACAGACAGUGAAGCAUGUCCAUGUCCAUAUCCUUCCAAGGAGGGCUGGAGACUUCAGCAGGAACGAUGAUGUCUACAAGGAGCUGCAACAACAUGACAAAGAGGAUUCCCCUGACAAGUGGAGGACAGAAGAAGAAAUGGCAGCUGAAGCAGCAGUCCUGAAGAAGUAUUUUCAGGAAAAUUAAAGGUAACAAAGUGGUUGGAAAACGUCCUGUGACAUAAGAAAAUCCCCUGAAAGACAGACUUCCUUCUCCUGUUCUCAGUGGCCCUGGAGCUGCAGCUGAACAAUUUUAUUAUGUUCUACGAAAACAGGAUUCUUCCAUGA